AUGAAUGACGACAAGAAGGACAUUGGACAAGAAGUUGGAGUUGAUUAUCAACACAUUUGGCGAUAUCUCGAGAAUAUCAAGUCUUCCAACAAUGCUGCUCCAAGAUACUGGACCGAGGAUGGAACCGGAUUUGUGCAGUUGCUUAUUGAACCCGUUAACAAAUUGGCGCAUAGUGAAACCUGUGCUUGGACACUUGUGAAGCUUUCGAGGACGUAUUCGAUUCUUGGAGAUACUUCCACUAUCCCCGCCAGACUUGAUGAAACAGCAUUCGGGAAGCUACCAGCAGAAACCAUGAUCUUCAAGUUGGAAGAGCAUUUGAAGACGCUCAGAAAGGAGUACAACACCAAUUGA